AUGACGGCGCUGUCACCGCUCGACGGGCUUCUGGCCACUCUCGACAAGCAUAUCAACUCAAACACUGCAGCAUCCGAGCCCUCAGCAGAUGCUCCACGAGGCGGGCUAGCGGCGCUCAAUCUCCGGCGCCAAGAGCUGCGCGGGCUCAUUGCGGGUCCUUCUGCAUCCAACGACGGCGCCUCCUCCUCCGCCCUGCAGCUCUCUCCGCUCGAGCGUGCGAUCUACUACGAAACAGACAGUCGGCGAUCUACGCUGCAACGUAAAGCGAAAGAGCUCGAUUUCUGGGAAGCGUACGAGAACGAGCUGGCGGACUCGCCCAUGAAGAUGCCUACGAGCGCGUCGGCGUUAGAGCGGCAAAUCGCAGAGAAGAAGUCGCGGCUGAGGCAGCUCGAAGGAGAGAAUCGACUCAAGGUCGAGACGACCAGAGCGCUCGAGUCGAGUGCGACGAUUCAGAAAGUGCUUUCGACGACGUCCCCACGGCCGAGGGACCGAAAGGGGGACGAGGAGGCGCAGAGCUACGCGUCAACACGCGAGCUGCUCAACAAGAGGGACGACCAGGCAUUGGAGUUCCUCAAGGUGUUCAACGAGAUCAGGACGAUCAAAAACCAAAGGGUCCAGGUCAAGAAGCGCAUCCGAGAGCAACGAUUGGAGACGAUGAAGCUCCUCGAAAACAUCAAGGGCGUCAAAGCCGAUAUCCGCAAUCGACAACUCCAUCCUGCGGGAGGACAGCAAGACCCGGACGCUUCACAGGAUCUCGCCAUCGUACAGAGGGUUCAGCAGAUGCAGCGCGAGAUCAAUGAGGCAAGGUCUAAGAAGGAGCUCGUCAAGGGCAUUCUGCGCGGUCUGAUUCUGGAAUCAGGGCGAGAUUGGACAAAGAACCCCUCGACAAGAGCACUGAUGCUGUCGUUGGAUGACGAGGAGGAUGCCUCGGACGAUGCGUUCAGCGAAGAGGAGGAAGAAGGGAAUGGCGAGGCCGGCGAUGACGACGAAGACGAAGAGAACGAAGAGGAUGAGGAGGGGAUCGACCAGCUCGAGGAUGCCUAG